AUGGCUCCUCGGCCCGAGCCAAGUCAUCUCAAGCGAGGCCGGUCAUCCUUUGCUAAUGCGCUGCGCGCCGCGUCUCAGGACUCCCCCGCGGCCGACGCAGAGCUGGACGCCAAGAAGCCCCGUCGCUCCGAGCGUCUGUCCCAUCGCGACGAGGACGAGGAUAAUCGCCACAAGAAGACGCCUGUCUCGACCAAGCAGCAACUCCCAAGCCCACUCACACAUCUGACCACCGAGGAGUCGUCAAAUCGCUACAAGGAAGCAACAGCUACGCCGCCAGAGGGUCGACCCAGCCAGGUCAUCCACCGCAACGGCGAUGAAACCUUUUCACAGUCGCAAGGGUUCUCGUCACCCCCGCAAGACACACAAGCCUUCCCUUCGCAAUACGUUGACCCCAAUGCUGCACUGUCGGACGAAGUCGAGGAUGAGGUGAAAGAGGGCGUUUGGGGCUACCUGUUUCCACUCGACACCCGCUAUGGCGGCCGCUGUGUCGUUCUGAGGAAAAGGGCCGUCUGCCCUCUGCCAGACACCGUUCGCGACACUGAACCGAACAAGAAAUCGCAGAAGAGGGGCAAGAAAGCGCUGCUGCGGGAGGAGGACUCCUUCGAGAAGACCAAGAUCUCCGGUCUGCCAUCGGGAGGUUAUUUGAUCGGACGGCACCCGGAAUGUGACAUUGUUGUCGAGGACCCUAUCGUGUCCAACCGCCACUGUCUUCUCUUUACCGAGCACGUCGGGUCCGACACGGUCGCCGUCCUCGAGGACCUAUCGAGCAAUGGCACAUUUGUCAACGAGGGCAUUGUCGGGCGCAACCAGCGGAGAGAGCUUAAGGAGCAAGACGAGAUUGCCGUGCUCGACCGGGCGCGCUUCAUCUUCAGGUACCCCAAGAGUCGCACCACCAGCGCCUUUCUGCAGCAGUACACCCUGCUCGAGCGGCUCGGCAAGGGCCACUUUGCCGAAGUGUUCCUGUGUGUCGAAAAGUCGACCGGUCAGCGCUACGCCGUCAAGAUUUUCACCAAGACACCUGGCAUGGAGGAGAGAUCCAAGACGGACGGCCUGCAGCAGGAGAUUGCCGUGCUCAUGGGUGUCAGCCAUCCUAACGUCCUGUGCCUGAAAGACACUUUCAACGAGAAGCAAGCAGUCUAUCUCGUGCUCGAACUUGCACAAGAAGGAGAGUUGUUCAACUACAUUGUCAUGAAGCAGAAGCUUAGCGAGCAUGAGGCUCGUAAGCUGUUUACGCAGCUUUUCCAAGGUCACGAACGCAACAUUGUCCAUCGCGACAUCAAGCCCGAGAACAUCCUGCUUGUUGACAAAGAUCUCCAUGUCAAGCUGGCAGAUUUCGGCCUUGCCAAGAUUAUCGGCGAAGAAUCAUUUACGACCACACUAUGUGGCACACCGAGCUAUGUGGCUCCCGAGAUUCUCGCCGACGGGAAGCAGAGGAAAUACACCAAAGCUGUCGAUGUGUGGUCCUUAGGCGUUGUUCUUUACAUCUGCCUAUGUGGAUUCCCUCCAUUCUCGGAUGAGCUGUACAGCAGAGAGUUCCCGUACACUCUCUCACAGCAGAUCAAGAGCGGCCGGUUUGACUACCCGUCACCGUACUGGGACUCUGUCGGAGAUCCGGCCUUGGACUUGAUCGAUUCUAUGCUGGUGGUUGACCCCGAGAAGCGCUUCACUAUUGAUCAAUGCCUCUCGCACCCUUGGAUGACGGCUGAGCAGCCAGGAGUCAACGACAGCACGGACGGUUUGGUCGGCGGCGUUGCUGGCCUGGACGUCAACCGUCGCGGCGUCCACCGCGAGCGCACCCUGCUCUCGUCUAUCAACUCUGUACAGGUCACCAAGGUCGAUGUCCCUGCUGCCAACAAGAACGACAAGGAGAAGAAUGGUGAGACGGAGACGAUCAAGAUCUACAAAAAGAACCCCACAGCCGGCAAGACCAAUGCCGCAGUCUCAGCAGCCGGCAAGGAAGCGCGGCCUGCGGACGGCAGGAGGCCAGACGAAUUUAUGGAGAUGGGGGAGAAGGGCGAUCCGGAACUGUUCGGUGACGAGACGAGCAACUAUACGAAGAAGGAUGUUGCAAAGAAGAAGAGGUGA